AUGGGUGGUAGCUGCGAAAACUACAGUUCGUGUUCAGCGUCUGAGAGGAGAACGACAAAGAGAUUGUGUGAUUGUGGAGUGGAAUCUCCACUUGUUACAACAUGGAAUGGAGGAGGCAACCAUGGCAGGGCGUUUUAUGGGUGUGGGUUGUACAAGGCAUAUGGGAAGAGAUGUUGCUCCUAUUUUAGAUGGUAUGAUGAAGAUGGCUAUGGAAGGGACAACAGAGGUCGGGAGCAGAAGAUAAUUGCAGCAACGGCAAGGAAAAUACAGGAGAAGACUAAGACUGAAAAAGACUUGAAGAUUGCUUUGGUCAUUUGUGUGUUUGUCAUAAUUUUGUUGUGUUUCACUUAUGCCAUUAAGUGA